UGUUCCAAUCUUUUUCCCCCUCACAGCAAGCGCUCAUGCCACAGAGAAAGAGGCCCUGAUGUCGGAGCUGAAAGUCCUCAGUUACUUGGGAAACCACAUGAACAUCGUCAACCUGCUGGGAGCCUGCACUGUUGGAGGCCCUACACUGGUGAUCACAGAGUACUGCUGCUUCGGAGACCUCCUGAACUUUCUACGCAGAAAGAGGGAAUCCUUCAUCUGCUAUAAGCUGGAGGAAGACUGCUACUACCGCAACGUCAUGCCGCAGAGCGACGCAGCUGGUGACAGCUUGAACGGCUACAUGACCAUGAGGCCUUCUGCUGCUGGCAAGCUGCCGUUCGGCUCAUCCUCUGAGAAGAGACGCUCACUACGCAAAGGUGUCUCCGAUGAGGAAGAUGCAGAGAGCGAGAUGUUCGACGAGGAUGGUCUGUCUCUGGACACAGAAGACCUCCUCAGCUUCUCACACCAAGUGGCCAAAGGCAUGGAGUUCUUGGCCGCCAAAAAUUGUAUCCAUAGAGAUCUGGCUGCCAGAAAUAUCCUCCUGACUCAAGGACGAGUAGCAAAGAUCUGUGAUUUUGGCCUGGCCCGAGACAUCAACACGGACUCCAACUAUGUCGUCAAAGGCAACGCUCGUCUGCCGGUGAAAUGGAUGUCUCCAGAAAGCAUCUUUGAGUGUGUGUAUACGUUUGAGAGUGACGUGUGGUCCUACGGCAUCUUGCUUUGGGAAAUCUUCUCUCUUGGAAACAGUCCUUAUCCUGGCAUGCCUGUGGACGCCAAGUUCUACAAGCUGAUAAAAGAAGGAUACCGAAUGGAUGCUCCGGAGUUUGCACCCGGCGAAAUGUAUCAGAUUAUGAGGUCCUGCUGGGACGCUGACCCCUUCAACAGACCCCCCUUCACGAAGGUGGUGGAGAGGAUCGAACAACAGCUGACCGAUGCCAGGAAGCACAUUUAUCUGAACUUUAGCUCCAGGCUUCCUGCGACGCCCACAGCCAGGGAGGAGCCCGGUUCUCAGAUCGCUGCACUUCACCGCCUCAACUCAGCCGGUAACAACAGCGCUCCGACUCCGACCCAGCCCUUACUGGUCCAGCACGAGGUCUUCCUGGAGGGGACAACCCUCAGAGCCCAACGGGUGUGAGGACCUGCCCGACCGGUCUGGCUGCCUCAUAAAGUGCCUGUAAUGUUCCGUCACAAAACCAACCACGACACCCGCCCACCAGCCCCGGUUCCAGCCUGUGUUGCAUUGCUAGACGAAUGGUAAUUGCCAUCUAUUACCAGAACCAACAAAAGACGGAUGGCUGUGAUCGCUGUUGCCUGCAGAUUAUAGGGAGGACAGUUGGACUAAUGCUCCCAUGCUCAUAGCAGAGAACUGUUGAGGCACCUGGGAAACGGUGGAGGGACAUCAACAUUUUGUUUUUUGUUUCAGUUACAUUUUUCCAACACAUUUCAUAAAGGUUGUUCUAUUUCUUUCCAUCCAUUGGAAAAACUUGUUUUUUUUUGUUUUUACAUUUUGUGUUUUUGUUAUUCUUUGUUGUUAUUCCUGAUAUUUAUGUAGCAUUUUAUUUUCUCUUCUUUGUUUUUUUUUUGGUUGGCUGUUGCAAUCGUUGGAGGAAAAGCAUUUGAGGCACUUGAACUUCACAUCUUGUCAAACACACACUCACCACAUAAUGCAGCUCUUCUUUCUCUUUUACUGUCAGUAUUAUUUCCAACUGUUCAGAUCUACGUUGAUAUGAAGGAGAUACUUUUUUCGGGGGCCAAUUUGAGUAUAGAUAUGGAGACACUGGUGUAUAAGCUAUUAGGCAGCAUGGUCGGUCAUGCUUAGACUCCAUAAGCGCUUCAAGUCGAUUAGGAAAAAGAAUUUCUGCUCUUUUUUUUUUAAUGUACGAUAUUGCUAUCUAGAGAGAAACUACUGGAUCUGUUAACAGGUUACAUCAGCCCACGAUUAUUAACACACAUUUGUCUUCAGAGAUACGAAACAGACACGGUACGUUAGCUUUUCAUUUGAUGUGCUUGUUGACUGUUGAUAUGAUACGUAUCUAUAGGUGAAGAUGUUGAUGAUGGGAGGUCACGACAAACGAGACACUCUGAGAAGCCUGUGGCUCUGAGUCUUUAGCUCUGUUACAUAAGCAUGCAGGUGUGUAGUUUCACUUUUUGACAGCUGGACUGCUGGAGAGUUCUCUUUGUAAAAGUGUAAAUAACUGUUCAUGGUUUAUGUGGUUUGCUCUCCCGCCACAUCCAAGUGUGUGGUCUUUGUUUACAAGCAUGAGACAGGUACUGCCAUUUCUGCUUUUUCACCUUCUUCCCCUUUAAUGAAGGACCGGGAAACGGGACCCUUUCUGUUUUGGCUGAUGGGCUGUUUUUUGGUUGUAGCUCUCUGUUGUACAGAUAAAGUUGAGGGCAAUGCCUAAUAAGUGGACUGCAAUAUUCUUUGAGUCGACAAGACAGUGGGUCUUCUUCAACAAUCCGGUCUCAUUCCCAAUUCGUCAGAUACCGACCAAACGGUGGCCCUCGGUGACUUAUACCAACGCACUGGGAUGGCAGCUAACUCCAGUAAAAUAUAGAGUGAGAUUGUCCACAAAGGGUCAAACAAACGCAGGACUUUCGUCCGUGUCGACCGCUGUUCGUGUCUCGUAUGAAACUAAAAGUAAUCGUUGACCUUUUGUCACAUCAAUCGUUAGUCAUUAGUGUCGGCGGUCCCUUGACUCGUUUGUCACUCGCUAGUCGAUUGAAAGUGAGACGACCACGCUCUUUUCCUGAACCUAACUUAGUGGUUUUGUUGCAUGAACUUCCUGUGAAGACGGAAGUUUUUUUUU